AUGGAGCGCGUGCAGUACUCGCUGGAGCGGUCGCUUCCCCAGCUCAAGCUCCUUGAUGAACAAGGGCUACUUUCCAAGGAAGAGCUUCGCUCAAUCUCGUCGCAACGACAGGGAUUUGAGGCGCGGCUUAUUCGCCGGAAGCCCGCCAAAAGAGACUUUGAGCGGUACUUGGCGUUUGAGACAGACUUGAACGACCUGAUUCUUUUGCGUGCGCGUGCGCGUUCGCGCUUGGCUGCCGAGCAGAUACGCAAACACGGAGGCGAUAACAGCAAGGCGCGCUUGCUUCCGCGCAACUUUUUCGGCCGCCAGGCAGCGAGCCAUUUUGCGCAGUGCAUUUCGGUUUACGAGCGCAUGGUGCGCAAAUUCCGCUACGACGUGGACUGCUGGUCUGCAUACCUUGCAUGGGCGCGCAGCAAAAAGAUGCGCGUGGUUGCAGGGCGUGUGUAUGCACGCAAUGCGGAUACAACUGCAGCGCGUGCACUGCUGCAGCGUGGCUUGCGUAUGAAUCCCCUGGUCGAUGCGGACGCUAUAUCCGCACAAGCAGCCCAGGACGCACGGGGUCCCAAAGUCCGGCGUACAGCGCGUGGCGCUGUACGUGCCGUGCGCGAUCCUGGGCUGCUGCGCUGGGAGCUGACCGAGUAUGAGCAUGGCGUGCUUCGCCUUUGGGUCGAGUAUUUUCGCAUGGAACUUGUGUUUAUGGAGCGCUUGCGCCGCAGAUGGCGUAUCUUGGGCCUCGACAGCGGAAGCGGCGAUGCGCCCGUUCCUCAAGGCGGCGAUGCAUUCACUACAGCGCGCGCUACAGCGCAUACGGUUGCACCUGAGGAUCACGGCGUGGGAGAGGAGGAAGGGGAGGAGGUAGAAGCAGACGUGGAGCAAGACGUUCCGCCGGCGCCGGCGCCGGCGCCAAACGACAAGGACGAGUUUGCAACGGAGCGCGUCGCGCCAAACCAAGGCAUUGAGGUCCCUGAAGGGCACAAGCAAAUCAUGGACGGCACGAUACCCCUGGUCUUGCUGGCCAAUGCGCGCAAAUCGCUACCGCCUACGGUGCAGCUCUACUUUUUUGUCGCGAUCCUUGGCCUGCUCAGCGCAUUUCCCUUUUUUGACUCGAGCAUCGUGCGCGAACAAGGGGCGCUGCUUUCGCUCCGGCUUGCGCAGACACCGUUGGGGUCUGGGGAUAUGCUGCGCAACCGUCUGAUUCGCGGCGUCUUGGACACCGUGCAGGAGACGUGCAAAACGUCGUGGUCAGAGGAAGGGCGCCUUGCCACUGCAAUGCUCACGUCGUUGCAUCCCUUUAUGCACCCGUUCUCUGCGCUGGAGUUGGAUCUUGAUGGGAUGCCCGCCUCGCUUGCAGACACCGAGCUGGAAAAGAAUGGCCUCUUGCACGGCGCGAGCCAGCUUCAUACUACCUUCUCGCGACCGAUCGACGCAUUGUAUGACUUGGCACGCAUUCCAGACCAGCUGCGCUCUACCGGAUCUGCAGGUGCCAACGAUCCAUGGCACGCAUGCCGUCCGGUUCUGUUUCUGUUGAACGUGCUUUCCGAGCGACUCGUGGAGCGUGCCCCCAACGUCGAGCCAGCAGGCGACGACGAGUCGAUCGCGUCGGAUGUCGCCGAACAAGCUCCGACUCAGUUCCUUGCCGCCAUGGCGGCCAGCGGCAAUGUCCCAUCCAUGGCCGCAGCACUUGUCGCUGCAUUCCGCGCACACGACGAAGAAAACGUAGCGCUGGGCUUUUUGGCCACGUUGCAGUUCCUUUCCAGCAAAGCAGCAAUUGAGGAGCAGAAUAUUUUGGCGUAUUUUGCGCACGUUGAAGCUACGCUGGUGGCGGAGCUGCUGGAUACGCAGCGCGCUGAUCUUGCAUGGCUCGCCGUGCAGCGUCUCGAACGCAAGCUGGAAGCAUGCGAUGGCGACGCAGAUGCGAUUGCUCAGCUCGACGCAGAGGCACAGGCGUUGCGUGCAUCCUGCACUAACCCCGGCGCACUGGUCCUUUACGAACGCAUCGGUGCACAAGCCGCAGAGCGCCUUUUCGACUCUCCACACAGCGCCGCAUUUGCAUUCACCUGGCAAAAAGGCGGCAUGGAAGCGGCGGAAAAGGCACGCGGCGCUUGGCGUGUGUUGCUGCGCGCAUGCACGAGCCCCGCACAGAUGGCACAGGACGCAGGUGCGCCGGUAUGGGCACCGCUGAUCGAAUGGCUUGGCGCGCAGACAGACGCUGCGCUAGUCGCCAGCGCACCUGCGCGGCGCGCCUUGUGGCUCGACUAUCUCGCCUGGGCACACUCCGCUGCCGUGGUUCCAGCCGCCGACGGUAAAGAGGCGCGCAAAAAAAAGCUAGCCGCGUCGCACUGGUCGUGGGAGACGCACGAGGCGGCCGUUGUUGAAACGGGUGCGCUGCUUGCCUCUUCGCAGCUCGUCGGCACGGCGCGGCUCGAGGCACAAGCGCUUCAUGAUGCCGUCGUCGAGCAGUUUGCCCUCUUUUCCUCCACCGACGUCGCUACACUGCACGAUGCCGAGCGGGAUGCGAGCAAGCGCCGUGCGCUGCAAUCCAUUUUCGAGCGCGGCUCGCCGAGCAUCGCCUGCGUCCUCGAGCUUGCAUUGCGUGAAUCCACGCUGUUAACGAUCCAUACUGAAGCGGCGGCCAAAGGGAUCCAGGAGCGCACCUUGAUGCUCUAUCGCCGGGCAUUGGACAUGGCCGAGCGCACGGACGCAGACAUUGUGCACAUAUGGACUUUGUACCUCGCGUUCCUCCUGGAAAUUCAGGACAUGCGCACAGUAAUGGAGGCGCUGCAGCGUGCGCAGGAGCAUGUAGCGGCCUUUGCGCCUCCGGGCAGCGUGCAUGCGCUCGAGCAAGCGUGGCACUCGCUCCUCCACGCCCGUAGCUCGCUCGCGCCAUAG